AUGUGUGUCAAGGAAUUUUUCGGCUACAACUGUGGCCAUUGCUCUAUCCCAUAUCUCAGAAAGUGCCCAGUCUCUCUGUCAAACCCUUCGUUCCCGAUCUGCGAAUACCCGGCAGAGAGACCCAUUUUCACAGAUGAGUACUGCCAUCCGUGUUCAAGGGUAGUUUGGAAUCUGAAGGUGUUGAAGGAGGAAGAGGAGCAUCGGGGCCGUCAUUUGAGAGGGGAAUGUUUCUGCGAGACUGUCUUCGAAAGGGAGGAAAGAUCAAGACGAACAAGACCAAGACCUGGAAAGGGGAAGGGUAAAGCCAUCAGUGGUGGCCAGACUUCUGGGCCACGUGAUGUCGAGGAGGGAGGUACAGCAAGUGCCAACACGGUUAGAGAAACAGGACAGGGCCAUCCACAUCAAGACCGGGGGGACCCGGCACUCGUGGCUGCGUAUGAGUAUGUUGGAUACUACAUUGAACAAAGUAGUGUUCAGAUGACGGAUCCCAAUCAGUCGUACGCAAUGGUCGUAGGUGGAUAUGGCCUCGAGGAGCAACUGGUGAUCGGCCAGGCGGGCGCUGGAAUGAAGUGGUACCCCUAUUCGACCUCGGCACCUCCCCAACAUACCCCGCCGCUUCAGACGUCGCCAAAAGCAUCAAGGGCCAUGUCAGUGCCAACAACAGGAUCUCCUGAUCAGUGGUCAUCAGAACAUGACUAUGGAGAAGAUACAGAGCAGCAGCAGCCUAUGGUAGUCAGCAGUGACAUGGCCAGGCGCGACUCAGCAUAA